AUGAUAUCAAAUUCAGAUAAUUCCCAUGUGAAGAUUCCAAUCGAAGAAGCUCCAGAUAAAAGCAGAAAGAUUUUAGAAAUUGUCUGCUCUCCAAACAUGAAACACGUUGCUGCAUUAGAUGAAGAUAGUAAUAUUAGUCUUUGGACUCAAGAGCAACUUUUAGAGAACAAAAAGACAAUUCAUAUUGACAAUAUUUGCACCAAAGAAAAAGGUAAAAGAAUAUUUGCAAUUUCCGAUGAUAAAUAUGUUUCAAUUAGUCUUUAUAGAGUCGAUCCCUAUAAUUUCAAAAUCUUCGAUUUUGAAACUGAAAAGGAGAUACCGUUAACUUUUCCAGAUUGGCAAAAUGAAAUUGACUUCUUAUCCUUUAUUUGUAAUGGCAAAUUAAUCAUAUUUAAUGAUACGAUUUAUGAGAUUACUAUGUGUGACAUUGAAGAAUUAUCGAUUAAAUCUCAUAUUUUAAUAGAGUGGGAUUGUACACUUGAAUCUAUUAAAAUUAGUGAUGAUGAAGAAUUAUUAUUAUUAUAUAUUUCGGGUGAACAAUAUAAAUUAAUGGACUCUUAUAAUCUCAAAAACCCAAUAGAUGCACAAAAAAUCCAAGAACUAUAUAUAAUACGAUCUUACGAAACAUCAGAUAAAAUAAUUUAUAUGAUUGAUGGAAAAGUGUUGAUUGAUGAAUUGGUGCCUGAUAAUUGGGUCGAAUACUUACGAAAAGAAUUGAAAGACACAAACAACAUUAUAGCUCCCGAUGAUAAAAAAAGGCAUCUAGACAUUCUUCCAUCAUUCUAUCCUAAUGAAAAAAAUUUUAUACUACAUUGUGAAGUUCUUGAAAAUGAUGAUCUCAUUUCGAUUACCCGUAUUGGUUUAAUUAUCUGGACUUAUAAACAUCCCGACAUUAAGAUGCUUUAUUAUUGGAAUGAUUGGAAUGGCUGUUUAGAAGAUUUUGAUUUUGAAAAGACAAAAAAAAAUGCAGCUUUUCAAAAUUUUUUUGAAGAUAAUAUUGUCGAAGAAUUUUAUUUAACUUGCUAUGGAAAAAUUCUAUUGAAAAUAUUUACCUCAUUAAGGGAUGAUAAGUGGAUUGAAUUUUUAGGCGAGAAGUGCAUAGAUAAAUGUUUGCAGAAUAAUAACCAUUUGAUUUCUAAAAUAACUUUGUUGAGUAUUAUUUUUGAAAACUUCAAAGAAUUAUCAGAAAAACAUCCUAGAUUUAUAGCAAAUAUUUUAUCCAAGAUAGGAUUUGUAGUUCCUUCUACCAUCGUAAUUCCAAACUCUAAUUCUUCACACCUUUCCAGUUAUGGAAGAUAUCCAGAACAUCAUUUUUUGAUAUAUUAA